AUGUUCAUACUCGUCUUGCUCGUCAUCAUACAUACGGUGGCGACGACAGAGACGCCCGCAAAAUGCAGUUAUGACGAAGAGAAGAAGGUCAACGAUUGCCUUCAGCCGAUGCUCAAUUAUGCGACAAAACUCCAAGAAGAAACCGGCGCGAUGCAGUUUCCGCUUCAAGGUGGACAUGUUUUCGAUCAAUUGUGCUCAAUUUACAACGAUUUCAAGGAAUGUGUGAGCUCGGUUAACUGCGACUCUUUGUCGAUUGAAGCGGUUCAUGCAUCCUAUCGGUACAUGUGCGGAACCGGCCAACCGGAAUUCCAUAAAUACGCCGGCUGUUUUGCAGAGGUUGAAUCAAAACGAGAAUAUAUCAGCUGCAAAAUAGCAGCCACACAGGCCAUCUCAGAAGCUCAAACAUCCAAGGCAAGCUCAACGGAGGAAUAUUUGUCGGAGAUGUGUCGAGCAAUGGAUGGAUAUUUGCGGUGUUCGCAUCCAAUCAUUUUGGAAAAAUGCGGUGAAAAUGCGUGGACACUCGUUUCAACGGUUACACGGGACAGUCUCGGAGUCACAAUGCCAAACUGCGAUAUGCACGCAGCCCUGUUUUAA